AUGAUUCGGAUCUCGCCUCACUUUUCCCUUCCUUUCUUCUUUUCUUUCUUUUCCCUUUCUGUCUUUCUUUCUCUGCCUGGAUGCAUGAAACUGUCAGUAACACAAUUUUUUUAUAUCUCUCUCUCAUUCUUUUCUCUCUCUCUUUCUUUUCCCUCCCUCUCUCUUUUCUCUCUUUCUCUUUCUUUUCUCUCUUUCUCUUUCUUUUCUCUCUCUCACUGUCCGACAUUGAGAACUCCCACACAUAUUGCAAAAAUAUAUAGUACAUCAGGAUCAGAGGACACCAAAGACAAGACAUCAGGAUCAGAGGACACCAAAGACAAAGACAUCAGGAUCAGAGGACCCCAAAGACAAGACAUCAGGACAUCAGGAUCAGAGGGACCCCAAAGGACAUCAGGAUCAGAGGACCCAAAGACAAGACAUCAGGAUCAGAGGACCCCAAAGACAAGACAUCAGGAUCAGAGGGCCCCAAAAGACAAGACAUCAGGAUCAGAGGACACCAAAGACAAGACAUCAGGAUCAUCAGGAUCAGAGGGCCCCCAAGACAAGACAUCAGGAUCAGAGGACCCCAAAGACAAGACAUCAGGAUCAGAGGACCCCAAAGACAAGACAUCAGGAUCAGAGGACACCAAAGACAAGACAUCAGGAUCAGAGGGCCCCAAAGACAAGACAUCAGGAUCAGAGGACACCAAAGACAAGACAUCAGGAUCAGAGGACACCAAAGACAAGACAUCAGGAUCAGAGGGCCCCAAAGACAAGACAUCAGGAUCAGAGGACACCAAAGACAAGACAUCAGGAUCAGAGGACCCCAAAGACAAGACAUCAGGAUCAGAGGGACCCCAAAGACAAGACAUCAGGAUCAGGGACCCCAAAGACAAGACAUCAGGAUCAGAGGACACCAAAGACAAGACAUCAGGAUCAGAGGACACCCAAAGACAAGACAUCAGGAUCAGAGGACCAACACCAAAGACAAGACAUCAGGAUCAAAAAUCAGGGACAAAGACAAGACAUCAGGAUCAGAGGACCCCAAAGACAAGACAUCAGGAUCAGAGGACCCCAAAGACAAGACAUCAGGAUCAGGGACCCCAAAGAGGACACAGGAUCAAACCAAAGACAAGACAUCAGGAUCAGAGGACACCAAAGACAAGACAUCAGGAUCAGAGGACACCAAAGACAAGACAUCAGGAUCAGAGGACACCAAAAGACAAGACAUCAGGAUCAGAGGACACCAAAGACAAGACAUCAGGAUCAGAGGACACCAAAGACAAGACAUCAGGAUCAGAGGACACCAAAGACAAAUCAGGAUCAGAGGACACCAAAGACAAGACAUCAGGAUCAGAGGACCCCAAAGACAAGACAUCAGGAUCAGAGGGACACCAAAGACAAGACAUCAGGAUCAGAGGACACCAAAGACAAGACAUCAGGAUCAGAGGACACCAAAGACAAGACAUCAGGAUCAGAGGACCCCAAAGACAAGACAUCAGGAUCAGAGGACACCAAAGACAAGACAUCAGGAUCAGAGGACCCCAAAGACAAGACAUCAGGAUCAGAGGGCCCCAAAGACAAGACAUCAGGAUCAGAGGGCCCCAAGACAAGACAUCAGGAUCAGAGGGCCCCAAGACAAGACAUCAGGAUCAGGGACCCCAAAGACAAGACAUCAGGAUCAGAGGACCCCAAAGACAAGACAUCAGGAUCAGAGGACCCCAAAGACAAGACAUCAGGAUCAGAGGGACCAAAGACAAGACAUCAGGAUCAGAACAUCAGGAUCAGACAAGGACCCCCAAAGACAAGACAUCAGGAUCAGAGGGCCCCAAAGACAAGACAUCAGGAUCAGAGGACACCAAAGACAAGACAUCAGGAUCAGAGGACACCAAAGACAAGACAUCAGGAUCAGAGGACACCAAAGACAAGACAUCAGGAUCAGAGGGACACCAAAGACAAGACAUCAGGAUCAGAGGACACCAAAGACAAGACAUCAGGAUCAGAGGACCCCAAAGACAAGACAUCAGGAUCAGAGGACCCCAAAGACAAGACAUCAGGAUCAGAGGACCCCAAAGACAAGACAUCAGGAUCAGAGGACCCCAAAGACAAGACAUCAGGAUCAGAGGACACCAAAGACAAGAUCAGGAUCAGAGGGGCCCAAAGACAAGACAUCAGGAUCAGAGGGCCCCACCAAAGACAAGACAUCACAUCAGGAGAGGACCCCAAAGACAAGACAUCAGGAUCAGAUCAAAGGACAUCAGGAUCAGAGGACACCAAAGACAAGACAUCAGGAUCAGAGGACCCAAAGACAAGACAUCAGGAUCAGAGGACACCAAAGACAAGACAUCAGGAUCAGAGGGCCCCAAAGACAAGACAUCAGGAUCAGAGGGACCCCAAAGACAAGACAUCAUCAGAGGGCCCCAAAGACAAGACAUCAGGAUCAGAGGGCCCCAAAGACAAGACAUCAGGAUCAGAGGGCCCCAAAGACAAGACAUCAGGAUCAGAGGACCCAAAGACAAGACAUCAGGAUCAGAGGGCCCCAAAGACAAGACAUCAGGAUCAGGACCCCAAAGACAAGACAUCAGGAUCAAGGACCCCAAAGACAAGACAUCAGGAUCAGGAUCAGGAUCAGAGGACCCCAAAGACAAGACAUCAGGAUCAGAGGACCCCAAAGACAAGACAUCAGGAUCAGAGGACCCCAAAGACAAGACAUCAGGAUCAGAGGACCCCAAAGACAAGACAUCAGGAUCAGAGGACCCCAAAGACAAGACAUCAGGAUCAGAGGGCCCCAAAGACAAGACAUCAGGAUCAGAGGACCCCAAAGACAAGACAUCAGGAUCAGAGGGACCCCAAAGACAAGACAUCAGGAUCAGAGGGCCCCAAAAGACAAGACAUCAGGAUCAGAGGACCCCAAAGACAAGACAUCAGGAUCAGAGGACCCCAAAGACAAGACAUCAGGAUCAGAAGACCCCAAAGACAAGACAUCAGGAUCAGAUCCCCAAAGACAAGACAUCAGGAUCAGAGGACACCAAAGACAAAACAGGCUUUAUUUUUCUAUCUUUCUUACUUCCUUUUUUCUUUUCUUCUUUUUAUAUAUUUCUUUUUUUGUAUCUUUCUUUCUUUCUUUCUUUCUUUCUUUCUUUCUUUCUUUUUUAUAUCAUUCUUUCUUUCUUUUUAUAUAUUCUUUCUUUCUUUUUCUUUCCUUCUUAUUUAUAUCUUUCUUUCUUCUUUCUUUCCUAUAUCUUUCUUUCUUUUUUAUUUCCUUCAUUUUUAUAUCUUUCUUUUCAUCUUUCUUUUUAUAUCUUUCUUUCUUUCUUUCUUUCUUUCUUUCUUUCUUUCUUUCUUUCUUUCUUAUAUCUUUAUUUCUUUUUAUUUCUUUCAUUUUUAUAUCUUUCUUUCUUUCUUUCUUUCUUUCUUUCUUUCUUUCUUUCUUUCUUUCUUUCUUUUAUCCCUCUUACCAAUAAUUCUUCCUGCAUUCUUUUUUACCCUGCUUUUGUCUUUCUUUCUUUCUUUCUUUCUUUCUUUCUUUCUUUCUUUCCUUUUCGGAAAUGUUCCAUUAACCUACACACGUUUUCUUUUCCUUUUACAUUUCGUUUAAUUUUUUACUUUCUUUUUUUCUUCCUUUUUUUCUUUUUCUUUCUUUCUUUCCAUUUCGGAAAUGUUCCAUUAACCUACAGACAUUUUUGCUUUUUACUUUCGUUUAAUUACUUUCUUUCUUUCGUUCUUUCUUUCUUUCUUUCUUUCUUUCUUUUUCGGAAAUGUUCGAUUAACCUACACACGUUUUCUUUUCCUUUUACAUUUCGUUUAAUUUCUUACUUUCUUUUUUUCUACCUUUUUUUCUUUUUCUUUCUUUCUUUCCAUUUCGGAAAUGUUCCAUUAACCUACAGACAUUUUUGCUUUUUACUUUCGUUUAAUUACUUUCUUUCUUUCGUUCUUUCUUUCUUUCUUUCUUUCUUUCUUUUUUUCUUUCUUUCUUUCUUUCUUUCUUUUAUCCCUGUUACUGUUUUCUUUCCUUUUGAUUUUUUUUACCUUCUUUCUUUCUUUAACCUCCCUAUCUUUUAG